AAAUUGUUUUAUUCUAAUGUUGUUUGUAGUUACGAUUUAUGAUGUUUUGUGUUGAUCAUUUUUAUUUUAACAACAUCAUCAUAAAAGUUCGAUGAAAGCUAGGCAAAAAAGCUAUUUAUUUGCUCAUCAAUAUUAUUUGUUCUGAACAAAUUCGGAGGACGCCAAAAUUCAUGUGGCCACCCCACGGCAAAGGCUUAAAUAAGGGCCUGCAUAAAAUCGCACCUAUACGUUCGUUGUUUAGACUCGAAAUACUGUGAUUAUGCCUAGUCAGCAACAAGAGCGCAUUCGACUAUCAUCGAUGGGUGGCGAUUCAACGUGUAGCAACGGCAGCAGUGGAGGUGGUGGAAGUACAGUAAUGAAAAUAAGAAGGCGGAUUGUUAUGAUGGGAGCAGCUAGAGUGGGCAAGACGUCAAUAAUCACACAGUUUUUAUACGACCGGUUUCCAAACCGUUAUAAGGAGACCAUCGAAGAACUUCACAGAGGUGAUUACGAACUUCCUGAUGGUUCCCGUUUGACUUUAGAUAUAUUAGAUACAUCGGGCGCAUACCAAUUUCCAGCAAUGAGAGAAUUAUCAAUAAAUACAGCAGAUGCAUUUCUUUUAGUAUUUUCUGUUGACAGAGAAGAUACUUGGGACCAAAUUAAACACUUCAAAGAACAAAUAAUACAAAGGAGAGGACCGACUAUACCGAUAGUUAUUGUAGCUAACAAAUGUGAACUUUCCGAAAGAUUUUUGCCAAUUGAAAUUACUGAGGCAAUAGCAAAGUAUGACUGGGAAUGUGGAUAUGUAGAAUGUUCGGCAAAAGAUAAUAGAAAUAUAGUAGGGGUAUUUAAAGAACUCUUAUCUCAGGCAAAGGUUCAAUAUAAUCUCAGUCCAGCCGUAAAACGUAGACGAAUGUCACUUCCUAAUUAUGUAGAAAACCAUUCGGGAUCAGCUAAAGGACGUUAUAUGCUCAAGAGAAAUUCAUGCACUGUUGCUUAAAAAGAAAUACUUACCAUAAUAUGGUAUGCAUUUCUUUUUCACUGUAUAACAGUGUAAGAAGUUUUGUUAGUUUUAAUAAUUAAUUAAAGCAUACAAACUACUGGUCAAAAUAUAAUAAAAGUAUUAUGUUCGGUGUUAAAUUAAAUUGGCAACACAGACAUUUAAUGUAAAUUAUAUCAUCUCGUAGUUGUAUCAAGUGUAAUACAUGAACGUAUAAGGUAAUACUUCAUAGUUAUUAACAAUACGUUCAUUAAAAAUAAAUUAGUUUAUGUUAGAUGGAUUGCCGUAAUAAUAACAAUUCAUAUACUUGAUUAAUAUUAAUGAAAGUGUACUAAAAAAAUAUUUUGAAUUUUUACCUUUAUUAGAUAUAUAAUUCAUGAUAAAAAUAUUUUAUCUUUUAUAAUUCAAAUUUUAUUAAACUAGUCAAACAAAAUAUCUGGAAAAAAUAUAUACGUUUGAAUAUUUUAUUGAAAUAACUGGAAUUUUGUUGUUACAAACAUUACGCAUUACAUAGUAUUAAGUAAUUAUUGCUAUAUUUGUAAUUAUUUGCAAUUUAAAUAUUUAAUGAAUGUUAUCGAUAAAUUAUUUGUAUUUAUUUCAAUUAAAAAUGAUUAAGCCUCAAUUAAAUCAUUACUUUUUUCAUAAAUAUUAACAAGCAAAUUUAAAUAACCAUGUUUUUAUUAUAAGAUCAAGAUUUUUAUUAUAAUGAUCAAGUGCUCUAUU